UUAUGAGAAUAAAUGGGUAGGAGCCCAUGUUGUGCCAAAGAGGGACUCAACAGAGGAGCAUGGUCAGCUUACGAAGAUCGGAUACUUACUUCCUACAUUAACACUCAUGGAGAAGGGAAAUGGAGAGACCUCCCUCAAAAAGCAGGUUUGAAGCGAUGUGGGAAGAGUUGCAGGCUGCGAUGGUUGAACUACCUGAGGCCAGACAUCAAGAGAGGCAACAUUUCCAAAGAAGAAGAAGAGCUCAUCAUCAGACUUCAUAAGUUGCUCGGUAACAGAUGGUCUCUAAUAGCGGGAAGACUACCGGGGCGAACAGACAAUGAAGUCAAGAACUACUGGAACACAAAUCUGAGCAAGAAACUUCAAGGCAAGACUUCUUCACAAAACCAGCUUAACAAAACUAAAGAUUCUAAGAACCCAUCAUCAUCAGAAGGUAAUCCUAAUCCCUCAGUGGAAGUUCCCCAAGAGAAAGCACAAAUAAACAGUAUUCCCCACGUCAUUAGAACCAGAGCUGUAAGGUGUACUAAGGUUGUUCUACCAGAGCAACAAGGGAAUCAUCAGAUGAAGAACACCCAUAAUUAUGUUGAGUUUGCUUCACCUUCGAACCGAGGAGUCAUGGAUGAUGACACUUCAACAAAUUAUAUGAUGGAUUUUGACAUUGGCGACCUUUUCAUCUCUGAUCUUCUCAACUCAGAUUUCUUGCAAGUUCGAUUUGAUGGGAUUCAGUCUGCAGCAGUUCAUGAAUGUGAGAAUAAUUCGCCUCCCGGCAGCACUGAUCAAUGUCCCUACUCGGCUCAUGAAAUGCUUCAAAAUUCACCCAAAAAAGCAAUGUUCGAACCAAAUGAAGCAGCAUUGGAGCUCAAGAAGCUCUGUUCUUUUCUUGAUUCUGAAGAAGAAUAGAUUGGAUUGGAACUCAAUAUAUAAAU